CUUGACGGUGUUUACAAUAAUUUACAUUAAUUAAAGGAUCAUAUUCAUUCAUUCUUGAACAGUACAUCAUGUUUGUCGUGUUGCUUAUAUUUGUUGUAACUCUACUGUACGUUCUGUACAAACGUACUUUCGAGUAUUGGAAGAGAAGGAAUGUACCGGGACCCGAGCCGACUUUCUUGGUGGGGCAUAUUGGAGAGAGCUUUUUGGGGAAGAAGUCCUUAGGAAAUUGCUUUUUUGAAAUAUACAAAGAAUAUAAGGAUUACCCCUUUGUAGGAGUAUACAAAUCGGUGACUCCGUGCUUGCUCGUAAGAGAUCCAGAAUUCCUUAAAUGCAUUUACGUGAAAAAUUUCAAAAGUUUUAUGAACAAUGAAAUGUUCGUCGAUAAAAAAGUGGACCCAGUUAUGGGUAGAAACCCAUUCUUUUCAAAGGAUCAAGCCUGGAAAGAAACCAGAGCCCUACUCACACCAAACUUUACCACUGGAAAGAUGAAAACAAUAUUCACCCUAUUGGACAAUGUAAGUCAAAAAGCUGUAAGCUAUGUAAACAAACAAAUUGAUUCUGGGGUUAAUUGCCUGGAGGCCAAAAACCUUUGUACGAAAAUAACUUUGGAAAAUGUGGCGAGUUGUGCUUUUGGGCUGGAAGCAAAUUGUUUUAAUGAUCCCAACUGUGACUUUCAAGACAUAGCCAACAAAUUUUUGUCACCAGAAAAAUGGCAAUCUUUAAAAAUAUUUGUAUCAAUGAUUAUACCCUCUCUUAUGAAGGUUUUAUCUAUAAGAUUUAUUUCCAAAGAGGUGGCUGAAAGACUGAGAAAAAUUGUAUUCGAUACUGUGGACUACAGGGAAAAGAACAACGUACAGAGACCAGAUUUUUUGCAAUCCAUGAUGCAACUAAAAGACUCAACGAAGGAUUUUGAUCCCGAAGACAUGGUGGCGCAUGCGGCCUCAUUUUUCGGAGAUGGCUACGAAACCAGUUCUAUUGUGAUGAGUUUUCUCCUCUACGAAAUUGCCAAGCAUCCAGAAGUACAGGAUAAAUUGCGACAAGAAAUCAACGAUACCAUGGAUGGAAAUGGUGGGAAAUUGACGUACGAUGUCAUAAUGGAAAUGGAGUAUCUAGAUGCAUGUCUUAAUGGUAAAAUCUCAAAAAAUCCAUUCGUGGAAAGCCUUUCCAAACGAUGCACAGAAAAAUUUUCUUACAAACCGGCUAACACGUCGGAAUUCAAAGACAUUGAUGUUACCGUAGAUGUUGGUACUGUUAUGGUUAUUCCGGUUAAGGGACUAUUUCUCGACCCAAAAUAUUUUGAUGAACCCGAUAAAUUCAUUCCAGCGCGUUUUUUGAAGGAAAACAGAAAGAAUGAUAGAUCGCAGGGCGUUUUCAGACCGUUCGGUGAUGGACCAAGAGUUUGCAUAGGUCAAAAAUUUGGCUUGCUACAAAUUAAAGCUGCAGUGGCGCAUAUUAUUCGAGCAUUUUCUGUAAGUGUCAACUCAAAAACAAAGGAGCCCCUAGAAUUUGAUCCCUGGUAUUUAAUGCUGUCACCAAUAGGAGGAUUGUGGUUAGAUUUUCAUAAAAUAAAAUAA